UCCCGGGAAAUUAUUUAUUAACCUCCCGGGAAAUCAGAGGUAAGUUAGUUAUUUAUGAACCUACAACCAAGCAAUCUGAUUGGUCAAUUACAACUAGGCAUGGUAGAAGUAAAGGUUAUACAACGAGGUGGAGGUAUCUAUGGCAUUUAUCAUACCGAGGGCCGUAGGCCCGAGGUAUGAUAAGGCCAUAGAUACCGACACAGAGUUGUAUAACCAACUUCUACCAUGUACUAAAAUAAACAAAUAGUUUACUUAGCAACAGCAAUGCAUUCCCAUGGUAGCUUUUGCGCGUAGCAACAGCGCACUAUAACAGUUUGAAAAAUAACAUUAUCUUCCCAACAAUGGCUGUCUCUGUCUCUGACAUCUCAAGUGAAAUAGACAGGCAAAUAGAGGAGUUUCUUUCACAAAUUACGGAGGAGCAAUACCAAGACUUCUUAAAUAACUCCACCCAGUUGCUUCCUAAGCUCGAUGGCAGCAUAGACGGCGGCUCUAAAUCUCUCGAUGGUUCAAGCAGCACCACGACCACUGCCGCAUCAUCAUCCAAGAUCUCAGCUAGCUCUAGGUUUGCUGCCCCAAAGGACGAUGAAGCUGUUCUGGCAGCUCAAAAGAGUGCAAUACCAGAAACAACUAAAAAAGCACUGACUGGGCUUGCAGAAUUUGAGAACAGUGGAGCCUCAGCAGGAAACAAUCUGAUUGUUCAUACCCACCACCACCUCACCUAUGCAGUGAUAAGAGUACCCUUGAUAGCUGGUUGAGUAAGUUUCUUUUGGAGAUUCGUAGGCAAGAUGGUAAAGAAUACCCACCCAACACUCUGUACUGUAUUGCCUGUGGUAUUUUAAGAAAAGUUAGAAAAAAAAGUUAGUUUAAGAAAGUCAUCGCAGUAUUGAUGGCAUUAGAGCCUACAAAAGAAUAUCUCAAGAUCAAGAAAAAGAAGUUUCAUCAGUAUUAAACAAAGAAUAUGAAGGAAAGGUUGCACUAAUUGAAGAUAAGGAAAACAGUUACGAGCCACCACCAAGCAAAAAAAGAUCAACUGCAGAUACUGUUACAUUUGCCCUCUCUAACUGCUCAAAUAUUACUAUAAACUAUUAAAACAAUACCAAAUAACACAAAACUAUAAUUUAAAAUACACAUGUAAUCAAUUAAUCGUAUUAUUUAA